UUUUGAAAAGCGCGCCCUUUCGAUAUGGUGAGGGGGGACGUUUCCUCUCAAUAGCGGUGGUGGAGGGGUCAUGGAUGUGGAGAACCAAGAAACUAUAUCAAAUGUAAAAAUGUCUGGGUCUGGAAGAAUGCAACUUGUAAUGCGUAUUUCAGAACACAGAAAAGUCUCUCAUGCAUACGUAGCAAAAGCUGCCCGCUUUCUGUCAGAAAAAUAGGGGAUUUGUCAUGCGGAUUCGGCAUUGCGGAAGCUUUUCGAAACCUGUGAUGCCAGAGCUUUCAUGCCAGACCUUCUGUGUCAUGCAAAGACAGCAUGACUCUUCCAGACCCAGAUAUUUUUACAUUUGAUAUUAAACUAUUGGUAUUGGCUACGAACAAAAUACCGGUGAGAACUACCUGCAGCACGCACCGCAAACGGUCGACAUUACCACAUUGGAAGACUUAGUGAAGGAAAUUCAGGAGGGGGUCACAACCUACGGCAGAAACUCCACGGAUCGGUUCUUGCAGCAGCGCGCCGAAUAUCAAAUGCAAAAAUGUCUGGGUCUGGAAGAAUGCAGAAGUUUGUCAUGCAGAUUUUCCAUGACCCAUGAGGUCUGUGAUGCAUGCCCUAGCAUCAGAUUUUCUGCGAGGGCUUUCUGAUGCUCAUACCGCAUGGGAAAUGCCCUCUCCGCGUAGCACAAAUGGCACCUCUUAUGCUGUUCAUGCAAUACAGAUUUUAUGUAAAGUUCAAAGGUAGCAUCACAAGUUCCAGCUUUCCAGACCCAGACACUUUUGCAGUUCAUACCGAAAUGUACCGAAAUGCGGAAAAGCGACGGGACUAUCAAAUGUAAAAAUGUCUGGGUCUGGAAGAGUUGGAACUUGUCAUGCUGUUUUUGGACUCUAAAAAAAUUUGCAUUGCAUAACCAGCAAGAGAGCUACAAUUUGUGCUACACGGACAGGGCAUUUCUCAUGCGGAAGGUGCAUCAGAAAGCCCUCUAAAAGUUUGCGACGCUAGGUCAUGCAUUACAGGCUUCAUGGGUCAUGAGAAAUAUGCAUGACAAAUCUUGCAUUCUUCCAGACCCAGACAUUUUUACACUUGAUAGGGACCCUUUGAGCGCAAUCCAGUGGACGGUAAAGGAGAAGGAAAAGAAAAAACAGCAGGGCGAUGCGGAAAGGGCGAGGUAAUAGAUUGGGUCAUUUUCUUUAACUUUAUCAUGCUUGCAGCGUUUUUUUGCAUGCAUAGCAGACAGCGUCCGGGUCAGCCACAGCCUGAGCACGUAUCAAAAACGUACGUAUAUAACAAACGGAAGCUCACCGAGUCUGCGCUUUAUCAAAGGUACAACCAGCCCUCCCAACCGCCUCCCGGUAGUUCUUCGCAACCUCAAGGGCAGACCACAGGAGAGGGUACUACCACAAAGAAAACCACGACAACCACAACACAGCAGCAUGUGCCGACGUACGGAUCCCCAGGGUAUGAAUCCUACACGCGACUGAGAAACUACGAGUUGGAAAUGAAAUCGGAUUUAGAUCUCUUAAGCCGGAUGGCGAUCCACGCGGGAGUUAGCUCCGCUCCCCCGGAAAAUCAUGCUGGAGGGGCAGCUCCCGCUGCGCCAGCGGCAGUACAGCAGGCGAAAAGUACUAGUCAUACCGGUGUACUUGUUCCGAAAAAAGGGGAAGAACAACAGGGCGGAGUAGAGCCGAGUGCGUCUGGCGGUACGGACAUCGCAAACAAGUCAGCUGAGCACUUGCUAUCACAGGUAAUAGUACACAUACAGUACUAAAGAUGAACAUGAAGAUGCAUGUUUUUCUUGUGCGAUAGAAAGUUUUGUGUUGUUAAGUAAAUCGAUACUAUGAAGAUUCCUUCGGUCUCCCCAGGGCAAGUGGAAGAAUGUAUGCGCCUAGGGUAAAAAGAAAAACCCCACCUGACCACGAGUUUAUGUACAGCAAUAAUUAUCGACCGUCCCUUCAGGUUGCCAGCGCUCUCUCCGUUAUGGAUCCCUCUGCAAAGGGCGACCUGCUGAAGUCGAUUUCGGAAUUUAGCAGGCACUGGCAGGACGAUUUAACGCUAUCAACGUCCCGGGAAUUGAGCAGCCGAAACGUUUCUAGGACGAGCCAGCAGCCCCCUCAGAGGAGGAACAAAAGGUUCGUGUUUCUCAUAUUUAGCACGUACUAGAUCUCGAUGUUGUACCAUCAUAUGUUUUUUGGUUUAUCACAGUCAGAAUCAGAAGACAUAAUCUGUGCGGUAGCCCACUACCGGUACAUCAAGUUCUAUGCUUCACUGCUGCAAAAUCUUCUUCCCAAGGUCUUUAUUAUGCUUCUAGAUCUUCACACACUACAUAUUGAUACAUCAAUGCAGGUACGAAAAUAACCUGGCAAAUGAGGACUACAUUAACCCGGCCGCCAGCAUGUCGCCUCGCGAGCCAGUUCGACGCACAGUGAACUCCCAGUUUCGGAGUGGCAGCAAGAGGGGUAAGUAGGCUCGAUAUUUAUUUUGAAGCAACAGUGUAUCUUCAACUACAGCUCGUGGGUUCAAAUUUCGAAUUUUGGAAAUCGUUGGAGAAUCUGUUUCGCUUGGCGGGUACUACGAGCUGAAAACGAAACGUGACUUCCGGCCAUAUUGUUAUUGACACUCGCAACCAUAUAACUCCACAGGUCACCAAGACUCGUCCCCGCAGCAAGUGAUUCUUCCGACCGCCGCACACCAGCACGACGAGGAGCAAACUUCUCCAACCACGGCCGCGCUGAACGGUCUUCUGGAUGACAAUCUGUUCCCAGCUACCGCACAGAAUGUGUCAUCUUCGCAGAAGGGGACCUCACUGGCAGGAGGGACUCCUGGAACGUUGAACAGCAACCCGAUGGUCUUGGGCCCCCCGAGUGCAACCGCUGGUUCUUCAGGCCGACGAGGUGGCCAGCAUGAUUUUCACAAUAUAGCGGCGAGUAGUUCCAUGGUUGUGACGCACCCAGGAGGGGCCGGGCAACUGCAACCCUCCGCCUCUUCCCCGAGCAACCCGGGCGAGAACACGACAACGAAUAAUGUCCAGUCUGUGGCAGACCUUCCGUCCGACGGGUCGACGAUUUUGUCUUUAGAGCAGAACAAAUCCACCUCGAGCAACCGGUCUUUGACGACGUAUGGCGUUCUCAAACGUUACAUUCUUAACUGUUACAUGGAUUUGUCAUGCAAAACUGCCUUGACUAUCGACACCAUCAAGCUGCUUCGCGUGACAAAUUUUCAGAAGGCCAAAUAGGCCGAAAAUCUGUGCCAAGUCUGUCAUGCAAGACGCGCAAGGUCCUUCCUUUCACUUUUGCCCCUCUUGCAUAACAAAUCCAUGUAACAGCUGAGCAUGUAACAUUUGAGAACGCCAUACGACGUUAAGGAAAAUUGUGGAGCAAGACGAAAACGCCUUCAAAGCGAUAUGCAUUGCAAAAAUGUCUGGGUCUGGAAGAAUUAAUGUUUGUCAUGCUUGUCUGGCAUGACUCUUAAAUCUGUCAUGCACGUUACCCAAGAGCUGCGUUUUCCUGUGAUGCAGAAGUGCAGUUUGUCAUGCAGAAUAGGCAACACGUAGGAGCUCAGAAACUUGUCAUGCUGCGCCAGCAUUUGUAGCUUCAUCAUGAGACGCUACCCAGCAUCACAAGUUCCCAGACCCAGACAUUUUUACAUUUGAUAAGCGACACUGCUGGACAACAACGGCGCGGAAGAUUCCCAGAAGCCGUCUUCCAGUUCCUCCUCCGCCUCGGAGUCUGCGGACGAAACGGGAACGUUUUCCGCGGUGAAGACCGGAAGUGGGACUGCAGCUGGAGGCUCCUCGUCGGCCUCCGGACAGAAAAUGAUCUCAAGUAAAAAACUGCCGUCAAUCAGCCCGGCAGAGAUCAAACUGUCCGAAAUCAUCCAGAACGCGAACAUCACGAACACCAACACAUCCUCCUCCAUGGUGUCCGCGAUGGAGGAAAGGCCGCAGGAGUCGACAGAUCACGUUGAGGAAUUCCAACAAAUGAACAAUACGUCUUCCAGCUCGAAUAAAACGAUUUCCCAGUCGCAAUCUUCCGGCGCGAUUGAGGACCAAUUGGUGAAAGGUUUAAGUGGGGCCGCAGGAGGUGGAGGUGACGCCGCGACCAUGACGGCGGAUAAAGUGGAUGACGCGAUUGUUGCGAAGCUCAAUCUGUCUGCGAACCAGCAGCCGAAGAUCACUUCGUACAAGCAGUCCCCGCGACUAGCUUCCCCACGGGACAUCGGAACCACAGCUGCAGCGAAUAAUAUUGAGAGGAAAAAUCCCCCCUCCCCAUAUCGAAAAGGUAUGUUUCCGAAAAUUUGCGUUGCUGAUUUGAGGUCACAAAUCGCAGCUGUCUUGCAAGAAGACAAGGGCAGAAGCUUCCGCCCCAUUAUGGAAGCGAUUUGUCAUGCUGUUGGGCCUAAAGGGAGGCCGCUUGCCAUGCUGAGCAACUAGACCCAUACGCCCCCAGCUAGCCUGCGGAUCUGGCCGCCAUGCCUUCCUGCAACACACAUCUGAUUUGUGUAUCCAAAUCCAGCAUCAGAAAUUUAGUUUUGAUAUGGGGAGGGGGGAUUUUUCCUUACGAUAAAUAAAGGGAGCAAAUCCAAACCGGUUGUGGUUCUGGACCAGAACAAUCCAAAAGUGAACGAGUUAGACGGUUUGGGCUUGUCCGACUCCGAAGACGACGAGGAAGAAAACCUGUUUCCGGCGGACAAGAAGCCUGCGACGCCGCGAAACGCAUCCUUCAACAAAAACAACCUGAUGGACGACAGCGUCCGAACCGGGGCGGACAGCAUGGAAUUGCUAAAAGGUGUCAACGACCCGAGCGCAGGUCGGUCCUCUUUCGGGCAACAAGAUGAGGAGGCAAGAGCGAAAGCAGGCGAGGAUUACAACAUCAACUACUUUCAACCUGACAAAAGCAGCGCUACCAUAAGCGCAGCAAAUCCUCCUCCCGACACAACGCCAAGCGUCCACACCAGCAAUAUCCCUUCUCUGUUGCAAGAAGCGAGGGAGGUUCUUCUGGAUAACCAACACCCAGACGGCAACAACGACUUUGGCGCCAGUCCCAUGCCGGCGAGCAGUGCGCGGAACAAUUACAGCAAAAAUUUCUACGCGAAUAAGGGGGAGAUGAACAAAAAUUCAUCUGCGCGAAGCAGCGUCGCGACGGCGAGUAGCAAAGAGAAACAGGCAAUGCAGACGACGACAAUUACCAUUACCGGGGGGCAGAAGGAACAGGUCCCGGUAUUGUCGUUGGAUUUGCAGGAAGACGACGGAAUUCCAGAUGAGAUGGAUCCAGUCGUAGGCGGAGGCAGCAGUGGUAGUGCUGGUCCUCGCGGGAAUGCGGUAGUUGGAGCAACACGACACGCGGGGGGAGCCACAACGUCGAGCAAAAAAGGUAUGAACAAUGAAUGCGCUGGGACAGAUACUUAUCUAUCAGCGUUAGCGUGUGACUUAUUCCUAUCUCGCUUGCAUGUCUACGCAUCACAGACGCCCUUUGUCAUGCUCAUGCUGCAUCGGAAAGUGAAAAACUAUAACACUCACUGUCAGGGGACAACUUCGACGACAUCCUCGGGAUUCUCGGUGACGAUAUGGACGAGGUAUCCUGUGCAAAAGUAUCGUACUCGUAGUAAUUGCAGUCAUGCAUCACAAAUUUUUUUCUUAAGGGAAAUCCGGCGCAUGACAAAUUUUAUUUCUCAUGCUGGAGAAAUUUGCAAUGCAUUUAUACGACUGCGAUACUUUUGCAAUGCAUACGAGGGCAUGUCAGACGACGAUAUUUCCAUUCCCUCGCCCGCCAUGACCAAGCAGGCGCCGGGCUCCACCGUGGCCCCCUCCACCACCGCGUUCGGCGCCACCCCCUCGGACGCGGGCGAAAACCAAUCGCAGAGCAUCGCCGCGCCGUUUAACAUUGUGCACCACGGAACCACAGUAGCUGGCCCGACGUCGACCAACGUCUCGAAAACGCCGUCUUCGACCACUUCAAGCUCUGUCCCGAAAACCGCGGAGAUCCGACUGGGAACGAGUAGUAUUAGUGGCACCGGGGCGAACAUGCGACCGCCGUUUUCCCCGACCAAGAACAAAAAUGUCACGCCGAAAAUUGGUGGCACUUCUGCUGGAGGUAAUUUUAAUAAUCCAGGAACAACUACAACCCUGUCCGCCUCCAGCUCCUCUUCCUCAACGACCAACCCGGUUAAUACUAGUGGUUCUUCUAUGCCGAAACGCAAGCAGAACGCCCCGCCGCUCGGGAUGAUGAUUGGCGCGGGGGUGGCCGGCCGGGACCUGUCCGCCGGCGGCGCGCCGAAGUCUACCUUUGCGAGCAGCCUCGCGGGCUCUUCGAACAGCGGGCGGACGCCGGUGUCCCAGCGGUCCACCCCGAUUUCGCAAAGAUCCGGCUCCACCCCAGGCACCGCAACCGCGAAAGGGGGCACAGGAGGCAACGCAGCAGCGGGUAGUUCUUCGGCGGGAGCUGCGAGCAGCAGUACUGCUGGCGCAGCGAAUCUGUUCAACCGGGGGGGCAUGUCGAACACGAGCCGAAGCACGUCCAGCUUGCCGACCGGGAGCAUGAUGAACAAGUACGGCGGGGCGGGGAGUAAGAAGCAAGCGCAAACCACCCCGGCGACCAGCAAGAGCUCGGCCUCGACAACGUCGAGAUUUGGCGGGAAUCUGGGAGGCAGCGGGUUUCCGGAGGAUGAUUUGUAGGUUGGGAAUGGUGAGGAAGUCCUUGUUCUUGGUGGGCUCUUCCAGCAUCGUGUUCUGUUGUACUAAUGCGCUUCAUUUAGAUCGCAAGGUUUUUUUCUAGAGAUUUCGCUGAACCGAAGGCACGGAAAAAAACAGAGGCUGUAGUAAGUGUAGCCGUGAUUUUAUUUCAUUUUGAUAUGUGACUUUGACUCGAAGCUCAAGCCGGAAAAAAAAUCUUAUCUGGGCUUUACUGGAACCGUUACGAUAGGAUAAAACACAGCAACAAGCUUUUCUUACUGAACAGUUGCAUGCCAAAUUUCCCUAAAACGCCGACGAUUGCGCACGACGAGGGCUUUUGUUGAGAUAUAUAGCAACUGCAGUUUUUCAAAUUGUGUUCUCACCUGCUCCCUCGACGUUGACGAAAGAAUGGCGGAGCC